GCCGUAUUUCCCAUUACGCAAAUUACGCCUAGGCGUAAGGCGGCAAAACUGGGGAGGCGGCAAAAUUUCAAACAAUUAUCAGGAAAACUCUUAAACUGAAAUUAUAUACGGGGCCAUCACCCAAAAUCUAUUUUACGUAUAAUACAGCUAAAAAUGAAUGAAUGUUUGGUAGGUUUCCAAUGAAAUCUAAAGUCUCCGCCCCGCCGUAACAUGGUCGGGCAGAAGUACAAUUGUUGGGAAUGAUUAUUUUAUCUGACUGUAACAAAAGGAUACCGCUUAUCUGCCGCAAAGAAGCCGCUUUAGAUAAGAGCCGCGCUACUGAUAGUAGUCAAAGGAAGUCGUAAGUGAACGUCUCGAUUUUUCUAGUAAACUACUUAACUACUGGAAAUUCCUAGAACAUUCAGGAAACCCUGCCGGUAGGUAUAUAAAGCGAACAGUUACAGCUGUGUGCUGUGUGCUAUCACCAGACAGUUGAAGAUAUGAGUGAGAGAGUGACUAGCAGACAGAUUGGCUAGACAGAGUGGUUUUAGUAGUGAGAUAGUGUUAAGUAAGUGUUAUUAGUUAUUAUUUGUAAAGAAGUAGAAGAGUGAAGAGUAUUGAGUAUUAGAAAUCUGUAAAUAUUAGUAGGUAAAUAGUGCAAGUAUUGUUAUACUUAUAAGUGGACUUGUUGAAAUAAAGUAGUAGUUUAAAGUUUUAAAGUGAGUUGUUGGUUUAUUGAAGAACGAAGAACCCACGGAAAAUACGACGGGUAAAAGUCGUAACAAUAUUCAAUAUUGUUCAUCCCAGUCAGUUAGUUUAAACUGUUUAAAGUGUCGAGUCCAGUGUCGCAAAAUUUUCAACACUAUGAGUGACGGCCGAAAACGAUUAAGUGGAGCGCAAUAGGGUUUUUCAUUCACAGUCAUUUGUUUCGAGCUUCUGUCAUGUGUCACAUAAUAUUAAUAUAUCUACGUCAUACGUUAUUGAUAUAUACCAAUGAUACAAACCAAAGACGUAUGGCGUAGAUAUAUUAAUAUUAUGUGACGCAUGACAGAAGCUCGAAACAAAUGACAGUCGAUGAAAAGCCCUAUACAAGACGCUUGCUGAGGAAAAGCGGAGAAAACUUCAUGCAGUUUUAGACAAAACAAAAAAAUUAAACAACUAUUUUUUAAUUAAACCUACAACUACAACUUCCAAAGCGCAAACACAUGAUUCGGAUUCGGAAUCGGAGACUGUUACUGCUGUGUCUGCUGUACCUAUACCACCAGAUAAUGCGGAAGCGAUGGACACGGAGCCAAGUGAGAGGUCAGAAUCUAAAAUAGAAGCAUCUGCAUGUGCAUCAGCUUCAGUAAAUCCACAAUGUUUACAAGCAGUUAUCAGUAACGACCCUGCCGAACGGAAGGCCAACGAUGCUACUAUCGAUUAUUUGUUGUCCUUACCAAAUGAAAUAUGCCAAAAUACAGAUGAGGAUUUUUCACUAACAAAAACUGUUAUUGGCAAUAAGACACGGUAUCUUACUAAGAACGUUUUCCGUCGGAAACUUGCCAAUGAGGAAGAACAACCUCGUAGAUACUUAAUAUAUUCACCAUCAAAGAAAUCCCUGUUUUGCAUUCCAUGUCGUCUUUUCGGAGGAACCUCAAAAAUGGCCACUGAUGGCGUAAAUGAUUGGAGUAAUGUAAAUAAAAUUUUGAAUUUACAUGAAAACUCCCACGAACACGCCAAAUCCCAAGUAACCUUAUUGCGGCGUCAACAAAAGCAAAACCAAAUUGAUUCAUUGCUGUGUCAGCAAAUAAGACUCGAAGAAGAUUACUGGCGAAAAGUGUUAAAGCGGGUGGUUGCAGUGACUAAAAAAUUGGCUUCCAGAGGUUUACCGUUUAGAGGAACAGUUGAAAAAUUCGGCAAUCCAAACAACGGAAACUUCAUGAUGUGUCUGGAGCUCAUAGCGGAAUUUGAUCCGUUUUUAGCCACGCAUGUAUCUCAGCACGGAAAUCCGGGAAGUGGUAAAACGUCAUACCUCUCAUCUACAAUAUGUGAAGAAUUUAUCGACAAUGUCGACUGA